GCAAAACGGCGGGCAACGGGUGUCACAAAAAUCUGGCGUGCCAGAAAUUCUCCAAAUUAAUCACGACUUCUGACAGAUUCGCAGAGUUUUGGGCGCAUUUUAUGCAUUUGCAGCAUUUCGCCGAGGUGUAGAUGUGAAAAGCACCGUCGAACAUGCCUGGUGUCAUCGAGACAGACGCAAAAGCCGAUGCUCCCGGCAUCGUGCGUCCCAACAUUGACAAAUAUGAAAACAUGGACGAGAUGCGUCUGCAGGACAUGGCCUACCAGUACCUUUGCCACCUCGAGGAGUCUAAAAAGUGGCUGGAGUCCAUACUGCAGAUCAGUCUUCCACCUUCGACAGAAUUAGAGGAAAACCUGCGCAACGGAGUGGUGCUUGCCAGGCUGGGACACCUGAUUGCCCCGGAGGUGGUUUCGCUGAGCAAAAUCUACGACAUUGACCAGUCGAGAUAUGACAGAUUUGGCCUCCAGUUUCGUCACACUGACAACAUCAACAAAUGGAUUGCUUCCCUAGAUGCCGUCAAGCUGCCCAGGACGUUUUUCCCAGAGACGACUGACGUUUACGACAAAAAGAACAUGCCUAGGGUGAUUUACUGCAUUCACGCCUUGUCGACGCACCUUUUCCGACUUGGCAAAACACCAGCCAUGGGCGACCUCUAUGGAAAAGCAUAUUUCACUGAUGCUGAAAUUGAUGUUAUGAAGAAGGAGUUGGUUAAGGUUGGAGUUCAGAUGCCGCUUUUCCAAAAGAUUGGAGGAUUGCUUGCCAAUGAAAUGCCCGUUGAUAAGGCUGCCUUGCACUCGGCCAUCAUUGCCAUCAACGAGACUCUAGAUAAAAAAGAAGGUGAUAAUUUCCUCCAUGCUUUGAAAGCUUCUGUUGCCAAGCUCAAAUGGGUAGUUGAUGACCAUAUGGGCAAAUACAAAGCAGUUAUGGUUCAGGCUAAAAAGGACAAAACGGCAGUAGCACAGGACAAGUCAUUGAGUGAUAGUUACACUGCUGAUGUAUAUGAUGAGCUGCUGACGCAAGCUGAGAUCCAGGGAUACAUUAAUUCUGUCAAUAUUGCUGUUGCAUGGAAUGCUGUGUUGAAAGCUGUUGAGGAUGGAGACGAAGGCGCACUGAAGUCAGCUUUGCGGGCUGUUCCGUUAGCACUGAAGGCUGUGGAUGAUAAAUGCAUUGGUCACUACAUGAAGGACCUUCGCGGCAUGGUAGAGAAUAAUGAUCUCCAGGAAACACCGCCUGACUCUCUUCGCUGCCGACAAAUCCUGCAAAAUGUGAUCACAGCUGGAAACAACAUUGCUUUGCAAUCAGCUCUUCGUUUGGAAGCCAUGUGGAAUGUGAACAAAGCUCUGCGAAGUGGCACUCCAGUAGAAACUCUAAAGGCUCUGCAAAAUCCAGCUCUUUCUCUGGACAAUGUCAUUCCCGAAGCUGCUCCUCUUUAUCAUUUUGAAAUGAAAAAUGAUAGAAGCGACCUAGAGCGUGACUUGACAAUCAAGGAAAUCCAGGGCUGCAUUGAUUUACUGACUAAAAUUGCCUGCGUCACACUAGCAGUCGACAAGAACAACACCAAGGAAAUGUGGAGAGCUCUAAAAAACCUUGGUGAUAUUUUUGAUCUGGAUGAAUAUUUUAUCGAUGACUAUUGGAAAACGUUUUACGAAAUGAGACAAAAGAAGUUGUUGGAGAAAAGCAGAUGCCCUAUGCUGACGUAUUUUGACAUCGACGACUGUGUGACCCAAGUACACCAAAAGAUUGACAUGCAAAAUCAAAUGGUGGGCGCAUUGCAAAAAUUGAACCGAGCUGUGCUUAAGGACAACCAACGAGAGGUUUUCGGUGCACUUGAAAUCCUGAGUUCUCAGAUAGACCUUCCUGUGGAGGAGAAGAACUCUAGGCUGUACCUGCGGAUUUUGCAGGCCAUCCGAGAAGAGGAAGACAGAGAAUCAUCUGAACUGUGGCUUUCCGACGCAGAGGAGGCAAUUCGAAUGGCUGACGCAGAGUCACGAGAGGCUGAGCAGGCAUGUGCUGUGGUGUAACCACAGGGACCUUUAAUUAUUGUAUUGCAGAAGAAGAACUUUAAUUGUACAAAUCUUAUAAUUAUGUAACCGCGCGCGUUAAGGCCAUUUAGUAUAUUAACCAAAGCUGAGCACAACCCUUAAGUUCCCGCCCCGCGCGCCACGCCACCACCAAGAACUACGACCGCCGCGCUCAGGGCGCCACCUGAGUGCCCAAGCAGACGCUUCCUGGACUCGACUGAGUGUGGUUGUAAUGGUUUCCCUUCCCGCUUUAAAAGGUAUUGCUUGGCGCCCACGCUAUAUAAAUUCCGAACUGAAUAUCCCUUUAAAUCAGCUUAAUCCGUUCACUAAUUCAGCCCGAACUUUAAAACUCAGCAUUAGACUAUUAAAUCUAAUAGUAAUUCCGCAUUAGUUUGGCCAAUUAUUGUUUAGUAUUAAGAAUAAUAAACCAUCACUUUAUUUGUUAUUGUUAA